AUUUAGGGCCCUAGCCCAAAAUUUGUUUUGGGAAGUGAGAGCAAGUUGAUUGGUAGUGUCACUUUGCCACUUAGUUAGAACAAUCUCUCAAUUCUGUACCGCUCUACAACUAUGGGCCGUCAUUCUCCGUCCUCUCGCCGUCAUUCUCCAUCUUCUCGCCGUCACCGGAGCAACCGCAGCAUCUCUCCUCCGCCGCCGCGAGAGAAGCAACAUCAACCUUCGAGUCGUGCACCUCGGCCAGCUUCCCGUUCACCGGAUCCUCCACCUUCUUCUUAUCACUCUCGGUCUCCUUCUCCGCGAACUAAACGGUUGAAGAAAAAUCAAUCUGAACGCGAAAGCGAACCUAAACUAGAGCACCAUAGGAGCCAUGGCAGUAGCAGAGGGAGGGAUUCAGAGAGGGAACCAGUUGAGCGGAAGAAGAUGAUGAGAGCUGAGAACGAGGAUGAUGGCGGAAGGAACGGCAGGUCGUCUAGGUCGAAGCACGAGACUUCUCCGGAGAACCACCGCAAUGGGGGGAGCAGGCACAAGUCUCGGUCACCACCGUAUCACCCAGCCCAAACUCAGCCUCGUGAUGAGGUAACGAAUUCAAGAGGAGCUGAAAUGAUGAAUGAAGAGGAUGAUUCCAUUAUGAAGAUGAAGGCUGCUGAAGAGGCUCUGGAAGAAAAACAGAAGGUAAAACCUUCGUUUGAGCUAUCUGGAAAACUUGCGGCUGAAACAAAUCGAGUCAGAGGUAUUACUUUAUUGUUCAAUGAACCACCAGAGGCUCGAAAACCUGAUAUUAAAUGGAGGCUCUAUGUUUUCAAGACUGGUGAAAUGUUGAAUGAGCCUCUAUAUAUACAUCGCCAAAGUUGUUACCUAUUUGGAAGGGAAAGAAGGGUUGCUGAUGUCCCAACAGAUCAUCCGUCUUGCAGCAAGCAACAUGCUGUUAUUCAAUUCCGGCAAAUUGAAAAGGAACAACCUGAUGGUACAUCAGUAAAGCAAACAAGGCCUUACAUAAUGGAUCUUGGAAGCACAAACAAAACUUUCGUUAAUGAUAAUCCCAUUGAACCUCAACGGUAUUAUGAACUUAGGGAGCAAGACACCAUUAAAUUUGGUAAUAGCAGCCGAGAAUAUGUAUUACUGCAUGAGAACUCUGCUUCGUGAUAAAGCAGUGACCUCUCAGAAUCUGUUCCAACAUGUUCAUCAGAAGUGAGCAAAACAACACUGUACCAGUAGUUUUUCUAAUCAAGUCCAACAUUUGUGUAUUCCCUCUUAUCAUUAAGAUUAUAGGUCAGUUAUGAGUUUCUUGGUAUUUAUACAAGAUACAGAUUGAAUAUUUCAUGUUAAGAUGUACAAUCCUGAGGAUCGUCAAAUGAGAGCUUAAGAAAAAUGACCCUUUUGAAGAUAUGGAAUGGGAAAUAUUUACUUUGAUA